AUGCUCAUUAUUACAUUCGUAGAUGAGCCAUACAUUCCUACGAUCACGAUUUCGAACGGAACGAGACAAUUAAACAUUACAGCAGCGACUAUACAAUUACGAGAAACAGACAACAUCAAUUUGACAUGUUUUUCUGAAGGAAAACCUCUCCCAAAAUACACCUGGGAUAGCCACAAUGAUAAAAUACAAGGACGUAUACGUCAAUUUAAAAAUAUUAGCCGAGAGGAUGCCGGGAAUUACACUUGUUAUGCGAGUAACUUGAUGAAACGCACUUUUGGUGACACUGAACAAGGAUUGAACGUUUCCAGCUUGUCACUCGACAUGAAGUAUCCAUCAACACUUUCAUCACUAGAAGACAUAAGUAUUCUCGAAGGAUCAGACCUUAAUGUUAUAUGUCGAGUUCAGAAGGGAAACCCAACAGAAGAAAGUGUGUCAUGGACUAGAAUCAGUGAUGACAAGAAUUGGAAGAACAGUCAACUGAUUAUAACUAAUGUUUCUAGAGCAGAUGAUACAAAAUAUACUUGCACUUUACGAAGUACAAUCAUUCCAACAAUUGGUGACGAAACAUUGGCCAUAAGAAGCAAAACAAUACAUCUUAAUGUUUUUUUUUCUUCAGAAAUCAAACAUUUUACUGUUGUAAAAAACAAGUCAAGUGGAACUUUUAUUGUAAACCAAACAGAUGAAGUUUCAUUAGAAUGUACAGCAGAAGCUAACCCAGCCUCGGAUUUAUCUAUAUACAAUACACGUGGCAAGAGGAUAUCGACAGUAAAAAACAGAAAUUUGCUGCUUUACAGCAUAACAAAUGCUUCGUACGAAAACGCAGGCAAAUAUAAAUGUGAAGGCAGAAACAACUACACAAAGGAUAAACCAUCAGUAUCAGAACUGACAAUGAUUGUCAAAUGUUCACCACGACCGUCACUUGAUAGCAUAUUCCCCAAUAAGAUCGCAGCUGCUCAGUAUACAAACAAAACUUUGAAUUUUGUUGCUUAUGAAUACUUGGAUGAAGAAAAUAAAACAGAAUUUAUGUGGUUCCACAAAAAUGUUGCAAUUGAAAGAAAUGAUGAAAAAUUUGAAAUAUUCACAAUUGGAUUAAAUUCUAGCCUUUCGGUUAGAAACAUUACACAAAUAGAUUUUGGAGAAUAUAGCGUCAAAGUGUCAAACACAUUAGGAGAGUAUAUCCAUCAUUUUAUGUUGCAAGCAGAAGAUAAGCCAGAUGUGCCUAUAAAUUUAACGUACAAAUCGGGAUCAAUCACUGAAUCGUCAGUAACAUUGGUUUGGACUCCAGGUUUUGAUGGUGGCUUUCCACAGACUUUUAUUUUGUUAUAUCAGUACCAUCAGGAGGAGAAGUGGAAUAGUGUUCAAGUUCAGGAUACAAAUGAACAGGCAAUGGACUAUACGUUAACUGGCUUGUUGAGUUCUAAAGUGUAUAAUAUAACAAUGUUUUCAAUGAAUAAAAAGGGGAACUCUUCCUAUACCCCGAAUCUUCAGAUCACAACUAAAAUAAACGUUAAAAAAGCAGAAUCACAGUCAUCAGAUUAUGUUGGCAUUAUAGGUGGAAGUAUUUCAGGUGUUGCUGCUGUUAUGAUUGUGAGCAUCCUUUUAGCUGUAUUUUUCUUAAAGAGAAGAAAUAUAAGAUCUUCACAUCGUGAAAGUCCCAAACCAGGUGUUACUGCCGUGAGCCAUGUCUCAUCCACGUACACAGAUUUGGAUGCAAGCAGGAGAGAAAUAAAUAAUUAUGAUGAAUUCAAUAUAACAUAUGAACAUCUCAACGCUUCAACCCGGAAGCCAAAUACAUACAUGGAGUUAAAAAAUACAAAUGUACCUAAUACUGACACUUCCGACUACGUUAAUAUAAGAAUAUAAACUAUCAAUUUUAAUUGAUUCAUGAAAUGUUACUGAAUUAUUCAUUUUGUUAAACGUAAUAUUCAUAAAAAAUAUAGGCAUAAACUGUCGGCAAAAUAUCAUAUUAUUAUAGUAAUGUUUAGAUUUUAUGUGAAUUCAUGAUAAGUGCAUGGUAAAAUCAAUGUUUAAAAACACAUUUAAUGAAGUCUUUCAUGGAAAAGUAUAGAAAAAAAACUGAUACUUAAACAGCUUAUGUAAAAUUAUAUUGCGAAUCACAUAUUAUUGAUGUUGUUAAAUGAGGAAUGGUUGUAGUUUGAAUUUGCUAUUCUAAUUAUCUAAUUUAUGUUUGUGUUAGGUACAAAUAUAUUUUAUAUUGGUAACAAUGUUGCUUAUAAUGGCAAAAAACGUUCAUAUAAUAUACAUUUUUAUGGAACUUGAAGCGAUAGAAAUUAUGAUUUGUACAUACUUAUUGUUAUGAUGUUAAAAUUGGUUUUGUUUGUGCCUUACUCUCGAAAGCCUACUGUAAAAACUGCUAAAGAAAGUGCAGAUGCCUAAUUCUGUUAUAGACAAGCUUUGACUUGGCAGGCUUAGACUUGGCUCGAAUCGAAAAUUGUGUGCUGGGAAACGUCUUUCAAAAAUAUUAAAGUUUUAUGUCUAAAUAUUUUAUAUAGAGAAAUAAUAAAUAUAAUUAUAUUAAUGCAAAUAAAUUUCUCGAAUUGUGAAUACUGUACCUUAUAUACACACGCACACAUACGAUGUAUCGUUCCGAAACGUCAAUCAGAAGUAGGAGUACAUCGAUUGCUGAAAUUUAUGACCCUUUCAUACCUUUAUAGUUGUAAUACUUUACUGUUUAAAUGUAUGUUUAAUUCCAUCGUAUUAGCAAAACAAAAUUUAUCUAAGAAUAUUAUUGAAACAUUGAGAAGAUCAAAUCCAAAAUACAGAUAUUUGUUAAAAUAAAUAAAGGCACUCAAUGUUUUUGUUCAUUUUAAUCUUGAAGCAUAGAAACGAUAUAAAUAUAAUUAAUUCUGAAUGUAUAUUAAAAGUUUC